AUGUCAACCAGCGCGGAUGAUUUGAUUUGGACGGACUCGGCUGGUCGAUCCCCUAUUGAUCCAUUUGUACGUGGAGUUGUUAUAUGGAUAAACUAUAUCUGGGCUGCUAUGAGUGGGCUCGCAUAUAAAAGGCAGCUGGUGAACAACCAAAUCUUCAAUAUGCACUCCCACGCCGCUGCUCUCAUCAUUGCUGCCAUGUCCACUGCCGUGCUCGCAAAGCCAAUUGUAUCUGAGGACCACAGAAGCUCUAGCACUCUGGAAUCGCAAUCGCUGACUUCCGUUGGCUCCGAUACCGAAGAGGGAGCGGAUGCCCAAAAAGGCAUGGUAAUUGGUAUCGAGAGUCACCUGUCCUAUGCAUCUAUCGUGUCAACCGAGCACAAGCCUGUCGAGACCAGCAUGUCCAUGGCCAGUCCAACAUCGUCUUCUGUAUUCACCCAUGUUGUCUCUUCAGCCGAGCCACAGCCCACAGAACACAAGGCCAAGUUGGUUGAUGGCGAAAUCAGUUCCGAGCUCCCUGUGCCAGUAUUCAGCUCAAUUGUUGCCAGUAGUGACUAUAUAUCUUCUGCGCAUCCUAGCUACACUAGCUCCGUUAUUGAUAAUAGUGCCAAUGCUACCUCCACCUUGGUUUCUGAUGUACCUUGGCCCACCUCUUCCGUUGAGAACACGGCGCAUGAGACGACAAGUUGUACUCCCAUCGCUUCCGGGAACAGCACUAAGCCGGAGCCUACUCUGGUAUAUACAUCCGCCAAUAACUCUCCCUCUGGCCUCGCUCCUUCCUCGAUCUUGCCCUAA